UGUUGAGGUAAAAUAUGGAGCCGUCAGUGAGCACACAUGGGUCAGAGGACUGUAGGCUGCAGAGUACUGAAACGAAUGAUGAUUUUGCUCCAUCAAAACUCGGGACAAAGGAGUAGUGUCAUCUACUCAGGGCAGUUACCACUAUAGACAAUGAGGAGGACAUGUCCUUCUACUUGGGAAGAAAUUUAGGAAAGUGCAUUUGUUGGACUAUGUUCACUUGUUAUAGUUUUCUUAUUGCUGGGAUGAGUCUUAUAAAAGGGAGUUGCAGACUUACAAAGAUAUUGGAGAUGUUGGAGAAAUAUGGUUUGGUGAGGAAAGCAUGGACAGAGUGAUCAGAUGGAUGGAAGCUGAAAAUAUUCCGAAGAAUGCUUCCAUACUUGACAUUGGUACUGGAAAUGGAAUCUUCCUUAUGGAGCUGGCCAAGAAUGGUUACUCAAAUCUUACUGGGAUCGACUAUUCCAAGACUGCUGUAGAGCUUACCACAAAUAUUCUUAAAGAGGAAGGUUUAAAAAAUAUAAACAUUCAGGUUGAGGAUUUCCUGAACCCCAGUGCAGAAAUGAAGAAUUUUGAUAUAUGUAUAGAUAAAGGUACAUUUGAUGCCAUUAGCUUGAGCCCAGAGGACAGAGAAGAAGCAAAGAAGCGCUAUGUGGCAUCUUUAAGAACUGUUCUGCAUCCAGAGGGUUUCUUCAUUGUAACUUCCUGUAACUGGACCAAAGAGCAGCUGCUGCAGAUCUUCAGACCUGGCUUUGAGUUGGUAAAAGAACUGCCUACACCUCGUUUUCAGUUCGGUGGUAUGACUGGAAAUAGUGUGACAGCUUUGGUAUUUAAACAAAGUGAUCCUCAUAUUUAAAGAAAGGAAAUAAAACCCAUUGUGAUGCAGAUGGGAAAUCUAUUGUUAUAUAAUAUAUGUAUUUGUGCAGUAGACACUUUUUGUAUCAGUGCUGUCAUUUUAUAAUAAAUACUUGAACAUU